AUGGGGAAAAUGAAAUACAACAAUUUGGGCCGUAGAUUUUCAUUAAAUACAUCUGUACUAGUUCAAGGAAUGAGAAACUUUAUUCAUAACAAUACAAUGAAUGAAGAAAUACAGGAAUUAAAUCUACUCAUAAAAACAUUGCCAGUUUCUACUGCAGAAUGCGAACGGGGUUUCAGUUUAAUGAAUAUAAUAUGUUCUGAUCUAAGAUCUAAAUUGACAAUAAAAAAUAUUGGAAAUCUUAUGUUUAUAAAUAUAAAUGGGACACCUCUUAGUAUAUGGAACCCAACCAAAUAUGUUGGAAGCUGGCUGUUGCAGCACAGAUCGGCCGAUGAUAAACGUUCAAGGAAAGUGGAGCCAUUAGAACAGUAG